UUCCUCCUCAACACAACAACAACGUGAAUGUUUAUAUAAAGUGCUUGUAAUUGGGGAUAUGGGAACAGGCAAAACUUCAUUAAUUCAAAGAUAUAUUCACGACUCAUUUCCAUCUUUAUAUAAACCGACAAUUGGCGUUGAUUUUGCUACAAAACUUAUUCAAUAUGAAGAUACUUUGAUUAGACUUCAAUUUUGGGAUAUUUCUGGCCAGGAAAGGUUUGCCAAUAUGACUCGAGUCUAUUACAGAGAUUCACAUGGAGCAUUUAUUGUCUAUGACUGCAGUAGUAAGCGAAAAGAUGAAACAUUUUCUGGGGCUCUUCGUUGGAAAAAAGAUUUAGAUUCAAAACUUUUAUUAGACAAUGGACAACCAAUUCCAGCUAUUUUAUUAGCAAAUAAAUCAGAUUUAGAAAAUACUUUAACGACACAACAAUUACAAGGGCAAGUAAAGAAAGGGAAAUUUGCAUCUGGAUUUAAAAUUAGCGUUAAAAAUGGUGAUGGAAUAGAUACAGCACUUAAUUCUUUACUUAUGAGCAUUGUUAGUAAUGAAAGACAUAGUCUUUAUUUAAUUCCAAUGAUUCAAAGAGAUCAAGAAGUUCGUAAUUUAGCAUCAGAAGAAGAGGAAAAUAUUGACAAGAAAAAUCAGCGAAGAAUUAGACGUUUAACAGAUGGAAUUUGUUGUUAA